GUCAGCCAGUACCGUCGCGGCCGUCGAGCGCGAUUCCAACUUUUUGAAGAUUCCUUCCUCGAUUAAGUACCCUCUAUCUCGUGUUCUUAUCGUUUUCCGCUUUUUGGAGAUAUACUACGGGAUCGGUAAAAACAAGGAUCUCACCAUUCGCUCACACUUCGUGCAAAAGGACACCGUGUUGAUGACACGUGCGAGAAGUAAGAAAAGCGAAACGUUGGCGAAUCCGAGGGAGAUGCAGUUGUUAUACGGUAAUAAAAGCAUCAGCUAGCUGGGAAUGUAGUUAGGGGAGAAGGUGUGCUUAGAGAGUCGCGAAAAGUAUCAUUACACAACUAAAAAGAAAUUAGGAAGAAAAGAAAGAGACGUUUAUAGAAGGAUGACCAUAGGAAGAAGAAGGUAUAAAACGAUGACGAUGGCGUGUGUCCUCGCGAUCCUAACAAUGGCGAGCGAAGUGAAGCUCAGUGCCGUACAGUCCUCGUCCUUGAACGUGAACGAGACCUUGACAAACGCGGAGAACGAAGUAUUCGAUGUAAGCGCUGACGGUCACCCUCAUAGAGUGAGUGGCAAACCGAGUAAGUUUGAUAUGGAUAUUAAUCGUGUAACGAUAAUCGACGAUGAAUCAAGCUAUCAGAUCGAGUCUUCCAACAUGGAGAACUCAACGAGGAGUUCGAUGGACGAGGAAGACUCUUCUUCGUGCGAAGAAGAUCUUUGUGCAGGCGAGAAACUCUCGAAUCUUUUGGACGAACUGUCCAAGGUCGACGAGUAUAAUGUUACUGAUUCCGUGCAGAUAGUGCGAAGUGAAACCAGCAACAAACCGAAUAUGAAGACCGAGAGGGAGUUUAAGAAGAAGUUCGAGAUGAGGUCUGAUCUUCUCGACGAGCUUCAUCGAUAUGCGAAAGAGCACGUGGUUAGGAUCAAGAUCGAUCCUAAUACGAUCACUGGGAGAAAGGGAAGAACCUUCUUCGAUGCCCUCUUUCAGGGAAAGAGUACCUUUUUAACAGGAUUCGGACUUGGUUUUCUAGCAUUCGGCCUGAAGAAGCUCUUGCUACCGUUGUUCUUUGGCAUACAGAUUAUUAAGAGCGUUUUGCUCGCUCUCUUUUUACCAAGUAUCAUCGGCAGUAUCGGUAAUAUCGUUGGCAAAGGUGUAUCAUCUUUUGCACAAUCCUCCCAAACUGUAACGGCUGCUCCAGAAGAAAACUUUGAGUUCAAGGACAACUCAGAUCUUUACAAUGACGAUUAUUUGACGCGACAACCAGUUGGGACAUUGCCAGCUUCUACAUUAUACGAUGAGAAUAUGAUGCAGUCGCAGAAAAAUCCAGAGAUUUCUUCUAGAUAUUCCUUCGUUGAUCCAUCAUAUACUCAUGCUAAUACAAUCUCCGAUCGAUAUUAUAUGAGACAUGCGGCGCAAGGCUUUACGAAGAAACAAGAUUUCAAGGUCUUUCACGAGAUUCCAACGAGCUCGUUGCUCCUGACGAACUACGACCCGUUCUACUCACCUCUACUCUCGCGAUUGGAUGCUGUUUUCUAUCGACUCGGGCAUACCAGUGAAGGCUGUAGAGAGUAUGCGGUUUGUGCGAUGUAUAGAAGUCCAGCACGAUACGCUCCAUAUUCUAAUCUUGUCUCUGCUCAACUCUCAAGAGAAUUAAAUGAGUUGAGGAAACCUGCUAGUGAUAAUCCGGAUGUCUUAAGAUUUUUCCGAUACAUGAAGGCAGCUAAGGAUGGUCAAGAUGGUAUUAAUUGCGAAGACGCUUACACUAAUUGCCCAACUGCCAGGGAGGAUCAAAAUCUGAGGCAGAAUCAGGCUAUGCUGGCGACCUAUCAGGACAUUGACAAACUCGUGCAUGCUAGGAAACUUUGAAAGAAUAUUCAUUCUUUAAGUAGAAUUGCUGAAUAUCUUUACGUUGAUUCCUUGAAAGAACAAACGUUCGGUUUAUGAUAGGAUGACGAUUAUUACUAUUACCGUUGACAUUGUUACGGUAACCGUUAUCUGUAUACAUCUGCGAUAUAAGUGGUAUUGUGCGAUCUUUCAUAAUAGGUGGAAAGCAGUUUCUGUAACAGGAUAUAUACUGCGUUCGCGAUAUUUUUUAUUGCAAUAAAAGAAUAGUUAAGAUUGAUCGUUCCUGUAGUAUGCAAAAAGUGACUUAAGUAUUAAAGGAAUAAUCGCUUUUUGACGUUGAAUAUUUUUUUAUGAAAAUAACACGAUUGACGAAUAGCUCUCAAUUUUAUUUAUUUAUAUUUUUGGAUUAUUUAUUUGUCGAACGGCGACGUAAAUUUUAUUUAUCUCAUGAAAACACGAGAAUGUAUUAAUGUGGGUUUACUAAUUUAUUUAUUUUUAGUAAAACGUGUGACGUGGGUGCACGGGAUAGUGUACUUGAUAGAUUAAAAUUAGCGAAGUCAAUUUAAAUAAGAGUCAUAUUAGCGUUGUGCGGUGUUAUGUAUGUAUUAUGUAUAAUUAUUAUGUAAACCAGCAUGUACGACGAUCUACGGGUACACUAAUUAAUGUACAGUCGAAUGAAAGAAAAUAGAAUAUAUUCUUUCGAACGCGGUAAUUUUCCUUCGAUAGAAAAUUUACGAUUUAUUUGCAAGUAUUCGAAUGUUAUUCAUUAGUUUUUCAUUUGACAUUCUCGAUGAAAAUAAAAGUGAAAAUAGCGAUCGAAUCGUUUUCGAUCAAUUUUGUUUCAUUAGCUUUUUUAUCUUAGAUUCAAGAAAUUUCAAAAUUUAGACUUAGUCGGUGAUGGAUGAAAGACAAAAUGAAAUUAAAAUAUCCAUAUAAGAGGCUGAUGACGCAUGUACUGAGAAUUAAGUUACGUAAAGGAAAGUUUGUUUCUCCUCAUCUUCCUUACAACGAUCUCGUCCCUCCAAUAAGUUCCGGUCCUAUAUCCGGGGUCACUUUCACUUUCAUUUUUUUAACACUCUGUUCUUGCUCUAUUCUUAGCAUCCUACAGAUCCUUCCCUCUCCUUAAAACUGGACCAACCUAUCGUAUAAAUACAACGGUUGGUUACUUGCACAUAUGUUAAGUUCGUUUUGCUUCCUCUCCGGACGCAGUUCCUUUUUUCUCUUAGUUUAAUA